ACGUCACCCAGUGCCAACUGCCAGCCAACGGGGCUUCGUCGGGCUACCCUUUCUAUGGGAGGAAAAGCGCUUUUCUCCGUCCCCGCGGCCUCUGUACGUUUUUUUCAUAUUUGGUACGUUAAAACGCCGGUGGCGAGUUAACGGGCCUUCUUAUCGUUCCUCUCGAACGCGACGCGCGCGAUCCUCGGAGACACUUGGCCGUCAAAAACGCCUCGACGAUGAUCUAUUAAAGACGGACAGAAAAAGAUAAACUUCACGAAAAAUAAUAAUUGUUUAGUGUCAGUGGACAAGAAACGACGAGAAAAAAAGACAGGAAGAUUUGUGAAUCUCUGAUUUAUAAAUUGUUUGCCGAUCAUACGGCUGAACGGAACGAGUCAUUCGUUAGUUAACACGUACGCGCGCACAGACGCACGGUGGACGUAGCGUAACAUCCUUACAUCUGUAAAUAUGUUUAUUUGGGACUGGUUUGCCGGAGUGCUGAGUUAUCUCGGAUUAUGGAAGAAGAGUGGCAAGCUUCUCUUCCUGGGUUUAGAUAAUGCUGGCAAAACCACAUUGCUUCAUAUGCUCAAAGAUGAUCGUUUAGCUCAGCAUGUGCCCACGUUGCAUCCAACUUCUGAAGAGUUGUCUAUUGGAAACAUGAGAUUCACAACCUUUGAUCUCGGGGGCCAUACUCAAGCACGUCGAGUAUGGAAGGAUUAUUUCCCGGCUGUUGAUGCGAUAGUUUUCCUCGUUGACGCUAGCGACAGAACAAGAUUACCCGAGUCGAGGGCCGAACUCGAUGCGUUACUAACCGAUGAGCAGCUCAGCGCGUGUCCCGUUCUGGUGCUAGGCAAUAAGAUAGAUAAACCAAACGCGGCGUCCGAGGACGAGCUCAGGAAUUUCUUCAAUCUAUACGGACAAACAACAGGAAAGGGUAAAAUUUCUCGCAAUGAGAUACCCGGCCGUCCAUUGGAGCUGUUCAUGUGCUCAGUCCUGAAGAGGCAGGGGUACGGAGAAGGCUUCCGUUGGCUCGCACAGUAUAUCGAUUGAAAACGUAUAUGUUAUUGUAUCCGAUACACAAACACUAUACACAGUCAGAUUCUCGACAGUUUCAUGAACAUUUUUCUUAUCUCCGGUUCUUGAUUAGCCGUCGUCGUUAACAACGUCGAGACACUGGAACUGUAAUGAUUCUCUUCGUGCGGACGCGAUAAUAAGAGAGAAAUGACGUUUCACUGACGCGAUUAACAGACAUAAUCACAGAAAUUUGAAAUCGCACACACAGGUAGACAGGAAUUUCUAAAAAAAAAAAAAAACAAGUAUUAGCAGGAACG